AUGAAAAACCGAAUUGACCUUGAAAGACUCAAUCCCAUCAACUUUUCAUGUCUCGUGUUGAUAUUUUAUCGGUUGAGCAACGGUGAGAUCAUGUAUCUUCAAAGACACUUCAAUGCUCAUAUAAUUGGAAUAUUAAAUAAGAUAAUAAAACUCGAUCUUAUGACAAUCAAUUUUGCAAGUCUUCAUCAAGUUGCAAACUCGUUCCCUAGUUCUUGGCAAACAUUUAGGUUUCAAUCUAAUGAAGAUCGAGAACAAUAUCGGUUGGUUCAAGUAAAAGUGAAGUUGACACAGGCUACCAAUUCUCUAAAGGAUGCUUUGGAAGCAAAAAACUUCUUAAAUACAAGAUUGACCAAACUGGAUGACAAGUAUUCCAUCUUGAAAUCUAAUAACACUAACAUAAAGGAAGAGGAGGAGAAGGUGAUGAUGAACAAAGAGAAAAAGAAGGUUAACCUUCACAAGUCGAAGAAAAAAUAUGUGAUUGAACUUCCUCAAUUGUGGCACUAG